GACAACAAAGGAAAGAGUCUGCUGUCUUGGAACCAUAUUGCCUAUGAUUACCACCCUCCCGCUGACAAGCUGUUUGUGGGCAGUCGAGUGGUGGCCAAAUACAAAGAUGGAAAUCAGGUCUGGCUUUAUGCUGGCAUUGUAGCUGAGACCCCUAACGUCAAGAACAAGCUCAGAAAUGACAUCAGAUGUGCCACCACUUGGUCCCGCCAUUGCUUCUGGAAACCCUGGACCUGGGAUUCAAGGUGGAGGAGCUGUUGUACAGAGGGCUGUUAAGCGAAGAUCAGGGCUGGAUUUUGAUGAUGAAGGAGAAGUGAACAGUAAAUUUUUGAGAUGUGAUGAAGAACAGAUGUGCAAUGACAAAGAGCGGUUUGCCAGGUCGGAUGAUGAGCAGAGCUCUGCGGAUAAAGAGAGACUUGCCAGGGAAAAUCAUAGCGAAAUAGAAAGGCGGCGUCGGAACAAGAUGACAGCUUACAUCACAGAACUGUCAGACAUGGUACCUACCUGUAGUGCCCUGGCUCGAAAACCAGACAAGCUAACCAUCUUACGCAUGGCCGUUUCUCACAUGAAGUCCUUGAGGGGAACUGGCAACACAUCUACUGAUGGCUCCUACAAGCCAUCUUUCCUCACUGAUCAGGAACUGAAGCAUUUGAUCUUGGAGGCAGCAGAUGGCUUUCUGUUCAUUGUCUCCUGUGAGACUGGCCGGGUGGUGUAUGUCUCUGACUCAGUGACUCCUGUUUUGAACCAGCCACAGUCUGAAUGGUUUGGGAGCACACUCUAUGAUCAGGUGCACCCAGAUGAUGUGGAUAAACUUCGAGAGCAGCUCUCUACUUCAGAAAAUGCCCUAACAGGGCGGAUCCUGGAUCUGAAGACUGGAACAGUGAAAAAGGAAGGUCAGCAGUCUUCCAUGAGGAUGUGUAUGGGCUCAAGAAGAUCCUUCAUUUGCCGAAUGAGGUGUGGCACUAGCUCUGUGGACCCUGUUUCCAUGAAUAGACUGAGCUUUUUGAGGAACAGAUGCAGGAAUGGACUUGGCUCUGUGAAGGAAGGAGAACCUCACUUUGUGGUAGUCCACUGCACAGGCUACAUCAAGGCCUGGCCUCCAGCAGGUGUCUCCCUCCCAGAUGAUGACCCAGAGGCUGGCCAGGGGAGCAAAUUCUGCCUAGUGGCCAUUGGCAGGCUGCAGGUAACUAGUUCUCCCAACUGUACAGACAUGAGUAACAUUUGUCAGCCAGCAGAAUUCAUCUCCCGACACAACAUUGAAGGGAUAUUCACUUUUGUAGAUCAUCGUUGUGUGGCUACUGUUGGCUACCAGCCACAGGAGCUCUUAGGAAAGAAUAUUGUAGAAUUUUGUCAUCCUGAAGACCAACAACUUCUAAGAGACAGCUUUCAGCAGGUGGUGAAAUUAAAAGGCCAGGUGCUGUCUGUCAUGUUCCGAUUCCGAUCUAAGAACCGAGAAUGGCUGUGGAUGAGAACGAGCUCCUUUACUUUCCAAAACCCUUAUUCAGAUGAAAUUGAGUAUAUUAUCUGCACCAACACCAAUGUGAAGAACUCCAGCCAGGAACCACGGCCUACACUGUCUAACACAAUCCAGAGGUCACAGCUAGGUCCGACAGCCAAUUUACCCCUAGAGAUGGGUACAGGGCAGCUGGUAUCCAGGCAGCAGCAGCAAACAGAAUUGGAUAUGGUGCCAGGAAGAGAUGGGCUGGCGAGCUAUAAUCAUUCCCAGCCUGUGGCAACUGCAGGAUCAGAACACAGUAAGCCCCUUGAGAAGUCAGAAGGUCUCUUUGCUCAGGACAGAGAUCCAAGGUUUCCAGAAAUCUAUCCCAACAUCAGUGCAGAUCAGAGUAAAGGCAUCUCCUCCAGCACUGUCCCUGCCACCCAACAGCUAUUCUCCCAGGGCAACUCAUUCCCUCCUAACCCCCGGCCGGCAGAAAAUUUCAGGAGUAGUGGUCUUACCCCUCCUGUAACCAUUGUCCAGCCAUCAUCAUCUGCAGGGCAGAUACUGGCCCAGAUUUCUCGGCACUCCAACCCUACCCAGGGAUCAGCACCAACUUGGACCUCUAGCUCCCGCCCCAGCUUCUCUGCCCAGCAGGUGCCCACCCAGGCUACAGCCAAGACUCGUUCUUCCCAAUUUGGUGUGAACAACUUUCAGACACCUUCCUCCUUCAGUGCUAUGUCUCUUCCGAGCGCUCCCACUGCCUCACCCGGCACUGCUGCCUACCCUACUCUGCCCAACCGUGGAUCCAACUUUCCUCCUGAGACUGGGCAGACACCAGGACAGUUCCAGACUCGGACAGCAGAGGGUGUGGGUGUCUGGCCACAGUGGCAGGGCCAACAGCCCCAUCAUCGGUCUAGUUCCAAUGAGCAGCAUGUUCAGCAGACGGCAGCACAAGCACCUAGCCAGCCUGAAGUCUUUCAAGAAAUGCUGUCCAUGCUGGGAGACCAGAGCAACAGCUACAACAAUGAAGAGUUUCCUGAUCUAACUAUGUUUCCCCCCUUUUCCGAAUAGAACUAUUGGGGUGAGGAUAAGGGUGGGGGAAGUCACUGUUUGUUUUUAAAAGCAAAUCUUUUGUAAACAGAAUAAAAGUUCCUCUCCCUUCCCUCACCCCUGAUAUGUACCCCCUUCACCCCUUGACUCUCGAAGUAACGUUAUAGAAGAAAUUAAUUACCCAGGCUUUUAGGAUCCUCUGAAAUUUUGAGGAUAGUUGAGGUUAGAAUUCCUGUCCUUAUAUCUUUUGACCAGAAGUUGCACAGAAAUGAUUUGUACUGGAGUCAAGGUGCAGAAUAGAAGAAUCUGACAGCCACUAAUUGGAUAUUGUGGCUUGUUUGGAUAGAAAUUCUGAAUAGAGUGGAGGAGAAGAGAAAUACCCUCAUAACUGAGGAUCAUGGAAUGGUAGGGUGUGAGGGUGUGUGUGGAGCCUUAGGAAGUGAGCAGUCUCCAGAAAGAGACCUGAAAGAGCAUGAACGUGAGAGUGUGUGUGUGUGUGUGUGUGUGUGUGUGUGUGUGUGUGUGAGAGAGAGAGAGAGAGAGAGAACAUUUAAGCUCUUUAUCCCUAUUAGAGAGUAUAUGCAAAAUUUGUCCCAGAUUUUUUUUUUUUUUUUGUCUUUCUGCUUGCUCUUCAAAGUAUCCUAAGAAAAUUAAUUUUUCCAGGUAUUUUUCUAUUUAGUGUUGCGGCCAAAGAGUAUUUAAAUUAAGUCUUUGCUGCACUUAAAUCCAUAUCCAGCCAAAAUGGAACUGUAAGCCAACACCCAGCUUUCUGUUGAUAGGGUUGGUCUAACACAGACACAUCCAGGGAUUACGCUGGAUUACUCCUGCUCUUUGGUGCUUUCAACUUAUUGGGAAGAUCUGCAGAUAUUACCAAAAUAGGCUGGCUGUAUAAACACUGUCAGAAAUCCCAGACUUGCCCAUAAGGAUAAUGCUGCAUUUUUCUGACAGAGUCACAUGUUCUGGAGAGGUUAUUUCUGCAUGGAAACUCAACUUCUUGGAUUAGCUAUAUUGAGUGGAAGUCCUGACUAAUGAGUGUGUAAACCAAAUAGAAAGCCCUCUUGCACAGUAGCCUCUCCUUCCUGUCACCAAAACAACUUUAGGUCUUCUGAAGUUCAGUGUUCUUUGUUCCUUCUCCAAUCUUGAAAUUGGGUUUUGCUUUAGAGCACAAAUGUGUUAGGUGGACUUCAAUCCCAGCUGGGGCACUUGAUACUUAUAGCCAUAGAAAUGCAGAUGCAGGUUACUGCUUUCCCCCUUUCCGUCCUCAGGUGAGUCUCCUAGAUCAGUAGCCUUUUUUUUUUUUUCUUAAACUGGCUCCUGUCAAAGAUUAAAUUAAUAUGGAAGAGAUCUAUUAUGUGUAUUGAUGGAGGAUGAAGAGUCCAGGUGGAGAGGCUCAUGGAGAGACUGAGGGAAUGUUACUAAGUUUCCCUCUGUUUGUCUCCAGUCUGGUGCCAGGCAAUGAGGUGAAAAGGAGGCUAUUUUUUUAUUCGAUGUGCACACAUACAGUAUACAUAUAUAUUUAUAUCACAUUUUACUGAACCAAAAAGUUGGGUUUCCAAUGAAAUACUUGUUUUUUAAUAAUCAACUUGUUUUUAAAUGUGAUCUGAACUAUAAUGUACAGUUAUUACAGGGCUUUUGGAGAAGGGUGGGGAGGGAGAAGCUUCUCUGAGGGGUUUGUUCUGCUUUUCCUUCAGGGUUUUAUUUUUGAUUGUUUUUUCUUGUUGGCCAUCUGUGCUAAGCCUUAACAGUGGCAAAAAUGACAUGUAGCAAAGAUUUUAAAACAAAGUAUUUUUUCUUUUAUAAA